CCUCCCUUUUCUGUGCCCCAAGAUUUAUGACCCAUUCAGUUUGUUUUCAAACCACCUUAUUUAUUUGUUGGUUAUACCCUCCCCCACACAUACUCUCCUGUUCAUUUCUCUCCUAUCCUCCUCUCUCUCUCUCUUUCUCUUUCCUCCCUCGCUCUCUCCUUUCAUUCAUCCCUGUGACGUCUGUGGGAUUUUUCAACUAUUUUUUUUCCUCCAGUGCAUCAUCGCUCUCUCCCUCUUUCCUGAGAGGCAGGAUGGGAGGGGAGAGAAGGAGAGAGAGAGCGGGAACUGCCCGGAGAUUGCCUGAAAAAGAGAGCGUGAGGGAGAGAGACAGAGAGAGCAAGUGAUGGGUAGGAGGAGGCAGAGGUUUUUGUCCUCUUUGUUUUGUCUGAUCCGACACGAGCCACAGAACGUGUGGGCUUGACCGAGGACAGGCAUCUCUUCCAGGACGCAUCACCCUCAGCCUUCCCCUCUGUCUGUCUGCCUGCCUGGAGCUGAGGCUGGAGCUGGAUUAGCUGUUGGCUAACGGAGAGGCUAGUGGCCCUGAGGAGAGCUGGAGGAGGAAAGGAGGAGGGGCUGAGCUGAGCCAGUGGGCUUGCGCUCUGCUUCACAGACACAUUUUAUUGACUUGCUAAUUGCCUGAGACACCCGGAGGAGAGGAUGCAGUGAGGGAAGGGAGGGAAGGAACCUACUGUACAUAAGAGUAUUACAGGCAGAGGAACAGAGAAACAGUGACUGUGUUCUGCCUAUCUGGCCACCAUCUCUGCUUCUCUUUGCUGGGGGAAUUACAACAGAUGUUUGCAGCCUGCCUUUCAUUGAUCCAUGCGACGUGCAUACGUGAUUCAUGCAUGACAUUAGUGUGUCUUUGCCUCGCAUGCAGUCGGAAGGAGAGUCUCGCCACCACACGCUUUGCGACACGUAAAUGAUUUCCAUAUUUAUGUUUUUUCUCAUAUUUACCUUCAAAAUGUUUUUCCUCUGCUGGGUCAGCUAAAGCGGUUGUUUGCUGUGUUGCCUGCUAUGUCUGGUUUGUCUUUACCACGGUACAUACCCUUUGGUGUCUGUGACGGUGCGACAUAAAAAUGGCAACAAUUAUUUGUUAACCAAUCAAAUGUAAUGGGAAUAGGAAAAUAAGAAGUUUCUGAAGCGUACAAUGGAUAUUCUUCAAUAGAAAUGAAGAAAUGAUCUGAAGAAAAGCUUACAGACUGAAGACUGGCUUGAGGCAGUUCAUCUUAUGUGCUUUUGUGGAGUGGGGAACUACGUAGUACAGUCUUGGUGGAGAAAUGGACCAAGCUCAUUUGUUGACUCUAUCAUAAUUCCAGACUACCCAGUCUCAAACAUCAAGAUCGUGGAAAGCAAUCUCAGAUCCCUGGCUUUGGGCUGUAUAAUUAAUCUUGCGUAUGGAGAGAGGGAGGGAAAGAGAAAGGGAGGAUUGUGAAUGAACCCGUGGAGGCGUCCAGUGGCGUCUUUAUGCAUCAGCAAAGAGGAGGUGAAAAACUACAGUCUAGACUUAAUUCAGUAACUUAGCCUUGUUAAGUAUGCUCCACUAAUUCAAGAUACUUUAGAGUGAUUCUCUGUCUUGCUUGUGCUGACUCUUGAGUUUUCACAUCAUGGGUUCAGAAGCCUGAAGAAGCAAUCCAGCAAGACUCCAACCACCUCUUGACAAAGUUACCAUUCACCCACAUCAGACGUAUCCCUACGCCAGGUAGUUUGACAGUACCAUCUGACUGGUGUCUGGCCUGGCUGUUGUCUCUGUGGUGAAGCCUCCGGCUGUGGUUUGCUAUGCCUGUUCCCUGUGGGUCUGUCUGGGUCAGAGCGAGGGCGCUGCCACUCCGCUGAGGUUGGUCUGCCUGUCUUCCAGCCUGCCGCCCCCAUGAGCCACGCGGGCACCCUACAGAGACGCACCACCUACCUCAUCUCCCUUACCUUGGUCAAGGUCGAGGCUGUGGGGGGUGAUGGAGGGUCCAUCGGGCCCCAGCCACAACGGACCCUUGCUCUGGGGAGAGCAGGAGUGGAGGGCCCAGAGGAUGAGGAGGAUGAGGAGCUGAGCAGGACCACUGAGGAUGAGGGAGGACAUGCAUGUCCCGAGGGGGACACAGAGAUGGAGGAAGAGGAGCAGGAGGACUUUGGGAGGCCUGUUCAGGAGAGGGAGAAGCCUGAGAUGAAGGCGAGAGAGAGUCGUGGUCCAGGCUCCUCAAAAGAUGUCUUGUUGGGGACUAAGAGCAAGGAGUCUCCCCUCUUACCGAAGAAUGUGAAAGACCAAGUGAAGGGACUUGCAGGGGUGUCAGAUGUCCCCUCAGUGGGAGGGCUGAGGAGAGAGGGAACCCGCCCUAAAACAGAGCUCUAUAGGGAGCCACCCAUGCUGUUUCCAAGGGGCGAGGAGGUGAUGGGCAACCCAAGCAACACCCUCUCCCGGGGCAGCAUGCCCAUCACCGUACCGCCCAGGCUCAUCCAGAGACCUGAGGUCCUGAUGAGGUCACAUGCCGGGGGCGGUGCUGUAAGCCGGCGGGAGUUGAGGGAAGCCAAUCAGAGUAUGCCUCCAUCCGCCAAGAGUCUGGACCGCAAAGACAACCGCAUAGGGGACCGGUCGCCAAUGACAGCUGCUGUGGCUUCCCUGGGACCUUACCGGGCGUCCUGGGCGGACAGUGACGGCAGGUCCACCCUCCUUCGCCAGGGGGCCCCCGUGGGGGGAGGGUUUACGGACGUGGUGACCAGGGAAAGCCCCCGAGGGGACCGGCUGAAGACAGGCUCCACCUCCCUGCCAGCCCAACCCACCCCCCAGAUGUCCAAGCCGCCGAGGAAGGGCAAGAGCCGCACUCUGGACAACAGUGACCUGCACUCCCUCUCUGAGGACCUGAAGAAAGGGAAGGACAGCCAGGGUCAGGGGGGGACCACCCAGCGCGCCCCCGCCCGUGACCGCAAGAUGCUCAAGUUUAUCAGUGGGAUCUUCACAAAAAGUACAACUGCGCCUCCCAGCUCCAACACAGCGCCCCCUAUCUACACGCCCGUUCAGAGGGGCUCUAGUGAGGAGGAAGCGGCGUGCGCUAAUAGUCAAGAAUGGACCUUCAGUCGAACCGUCCAAGAGCUCCGUCUGGGGGUGUUGGGAGGUCUCCGCAGUGGGAAGUCAGCCCUGGUCCACAGACACAUGAGCGGGAGCUACCAGCCCAUGGAGAACCCAGAAGGGGGCAGGUAUAAGAAGGAGGUACUUGUUGAAGGCAACAGUCACAUUUUGCUGAUCAGGGAGGAGACAGGACCCCCGGAUGCACAGAUGGCUAGCUGGGUGGAUGGGGUCAUCCUGGUCUUCAGUCUGGAGAACGAGGCCAGUUUCCAGGAAGUGUACAGGAACUACAGCGAGCUUGGCAUCCACCGUAACAUCGCUGAGAUCCCCUUCAUAGUGGUGGGAACCCAGGAUAAAAUCACCAGCACCAACCCUCGGGUGAUAGAGGAUGCCAGGGCUAGACAGCUGUGUUCAGACGUGAGGCGCUGUACCUACUACGAGACAUGCGCUACCUACGGCCUCAAUGUCAACCGCGUCUUCACCGAGGCUGCCCAGAAGAUCAUGGCAGUGAAGAAGCAGGCAGCUCAACUGGCCUCCUGUAAAUCCCUGCCCAACUCCCCCAGUCACUCUGAAGGCUCUACCCCAGUGUCAGGAGUCUUCCCUGGGCAGGCCAGUAACGGUGGUCAGAGCAGUGACUACUCAUCCUCCCUACCCUCCACCCCAGUGAUCAGUCAUAAGGAGAUUGGUGGGGCAGCAGGGGGGGAGAGGCUGGGCAACGCCACCCCAGGGUCUGUCCGCAGUGCCAACCGGCGACGCACCGGCUCCCGCUUCACGGGCCGUAGGGGUAGUGACUCAGAGAGGAGGAGUACAGACGGUAAGACAGGAGACCUGGGCAGUGGACGCUCCAUUCCCAUCAAACAGAGUAUCCUGCUGAAGCGCAGUGGGAACUCCAUCAACAAGGAAUGGAAGAAGAAAUACGUCACGCUGUCCAACAACGGCAUGCUCUCCUAUCACUCCAGCGUCAACGAUUACGUGCAGAACGCCCAUGGGAAAGAGAUGGACCUGCUGAGGGUGACUGUGAAGGUGCCAGGGAAACGCCCGCCCCGCGCUGGUGCCGUCCCUUCCUGUGGCCCUCCGCCCGGCCUCAACGGCAUGGUCAAAGAUGUCCAGCGGCCUGACGGGGCCAGCGCGGUCCCUGGUAGUGGUAGUACCCUCCUGCCAGUAGAGGAGGGGGCGGGAGGAGGGUUGUCUCCUGGGGGGAACAGAGGGGUGCAGCGCUGCCCCUCUACUCUCUCUAACAAGGCCCAAAGCGUGGACUCUGCCAUCGAGGGGGUGUCCAGCCCCUCCUCCUCUAAAGAUACAGGCCCCGCCUCCCCAAUGGUUGACAGGAAGAAGCAUCGCAGGAAGAAGAGCAUGAACCAGAAAGGAGACAUAGCCAUUGGCCAAGCAGAUGCAAAGCGCAAAAUGUGGAAACUAAAAAGCUUUGGUAGCUUAAGAAACAUAAACAAGACAGACGAGGAUAACUUUGACUUUCUGAUCGUGUCGAGCACGGGCCAGACGUGGCACUUCGAGGCCCAGAGUGUGGAGGAGAGGGACUCCUGGGUGACAGCCAUCGAAAGCCAGAUCCUGGCCAGCCUGCAGCUGUGUGAGAGCAGCAAGAACAAGGCUCGUAAGAACAGCCAGAGUGAAGCUGUGGCACUGCAGGCUAUCCGUAACGCCAAGGGCAACAGCCUCUGUGUGGACUGUGAAGCACCUAACCCAACGUGGGCCAGUCUGAACUUGGGGGCUCUGAUCUGCAUUGAGUGUUCAGGGAUCCACAGGAACCUGGGCACCCACCUGUCCCGUGUCCGCUCUCUGGACCUGGACGACCUGCCCAGAGAACUCACCCUGGUGCUGGGCGCCAUCGGCAACCACCUGGCCAACAGCAUCUGGGAGGGACGCACGCUGGGCCGUCGAAAACCCACGCCCGACGCCACCCGAGAGGAGCGGGAGUCAUGGAUCCGGGCCAAGUACGAGCAGAGGUUGUUUGUGGCUCUGCUGGCCCUGCCCUCCCUCUCCCCCAGCCAGGGGUUAGAGGUCAACACACUCUCAGCCAGUCUUCUGGCGGCCGUGAUGGAGAGGGACCUCCCCCGCCUGCUCCUCCUCCUGGCCCACAGCAACAAGGAUGACAUCAAUGCCCCCCUUCCCCCAGGGGGUCACCUCUCUCCACACCCCCCUGCUGCCUCCCCCAGCUCUCCCCUGGGGGGCUCCCCCCUGCUGCCUUGCUCCGCGCUGCACGCCGCCUGCCAGCUCGGCGACGUGGUCAUGACCCAGCUGCUGGUCUGGUAUGGCAGUGAUGUGAGGUGUCGGGACGCCCAGGGGCAGACAGCCCUCACGUUCGCACGUUAUGCUGGCAGUCAGGAGUGUGCCGACAUCCUCCUGCAGUACGGCUGCCCCAACGAGCCCGCCCCCUCGGUUGCCACGACACCAAGCCUCUCUGUUGCCACGACACCAAGCCUCUCGGUUGCCACAACACCCAGCCUUUCCCGCAAGAGCAGCGCCGGCAGCCUCAGUCGCAGCAGCUCCAGAAGAGCAGUGUCUUAAUGGGACAGGGGUUAGAGAACACUGUGUGUGUCUCUGUGUGUGUGUGUGUGCGUGUAAGAGAGAGAGGUGGGUAUGUGUUGUUUGGGUGGAUGUGUGUGUCAGUGUGUGUUAGAAUAUUGGUGUGUGUGAGGUUGUGUGGGUGGUGCAUGUGUGUUUGUAAGCAUAUGUAUGCCAGGGUGGCACUAGUUGAAGGGGGAGGCUGUGUGCUCACAGUGUCCUCUAAAAAGGAACUCAUAAAGUCACACCAGGAUGUAGUCACAGACCAAAAGGACUGAAUGGACAAGCAGCCAAUACUGUCACCACCGAGAAGGCAGAGUUCACUCUUACCUGGCUCUGUGUGUGUGUGUGUGUGUGCGAGUGAGAGAAUCUACUCAGUGGCUACCUUGUCCCCACUAUGAAGCUGAUGAUCGACUCUUCCAGGUGGGAACUUUGACCUGCCAAAAGCUGUGCUACUGCUACACCACCCCCCCCGUGCACGGCACCUUAGUAACACACAGACAGAAAGACAAAGGGAUAAUGUAAUGACAAGCGCUGGGGCCAAAAUGGUGGCCCGUGCUGUAUGCUGACUUGGGUUCAUGCCCAAUCACAUCUCUCAAACCACAGGGCUGGGAGAGGAAAAUGAACCAGAGGUACAGAACUGCAAUAAUUGAAUUACCAGUGUGAGACAAUGGAUUUGUCGCUCUUUCUCACACUACUGUACCUCUAGGUGCUUGGAAUCCCAUGAUAACAGACUACAAAAUGAAAACGGGAAGAUGGUUUCCGUUCUCGAUGGCAGAGAAUGUCAGUUUAAAAUUCAAUAUAAACAUUUCGAUGGUUAGGUUGACGUGAAGUGGAACAGGUUAACUCAAAAUGCAGCUAAAUCUAUGAAGAUGCUACAUUAUGAUAAAAGGAGUAUGAGGGGGCUCAUUGAAUCCUCUGAAUGGCAUUGUACUUACUCAAACAGAAACUAAACAGUGGAGCCAAGACCAACACCAAUUGCUAGUUACUGAACAUUGCUCAGCUGAGGUCAAAUUCAAAAUAAAUACUGUCCGACAGAUAUAGGAUUUGUAUUUUAAGAAUUUAGAUCAAAAUAAUAAUUGUAUAGAAAGACAUAUAUUAAAUUGAUAUUAUUACUUUACUUGUCAUAGUCAUCAAUAUUGAGAAGUACUUCAUGUUCAAGAAUGUUAUUGUAUGUUCUGAAGUUUGUAUGGUAGGUUCUUGUUUGUAAUACACAGGGGUUACUCUUAGCUGUUGAGAGAUUCAAAACUGUGACAGAUUUUGUGAUUUAUUUUAUUUGGCAGUCAUGUGAAAAAGUAAGUACACCCCCUUGGACACAUGGAUAUUUGAGCUAAAUUCCAACCACAUUAAUUCAUAAAGGUAAUCCAAUUGAACAAAUCACACACAAAAAAAAUGUUACUUUGAAAAUGUUAUGCAAUUAAAAUAAACAAAAAUGCAAUUUCCUUAUGCGGAAAAUAUUAGUACACCGCUACCUUUACCAUCACAUAAAAUUGCAAAAAUUUGAAUCAGGUGCACCAAAACAGGUGAAAAUCAUUAGAGAGUAACUUGGGAGGGUCCAGCCUUCCAUAAAGAUUAGAAACUUGGUCUGGUUUGGUCUUAACAAUAUGGGUGUGUGGUAACACAGCAUGCCAAGAUCAAAAGACCUAUCCGAGGCCCUCAGAAGAAAGAUUAUUGAUGCCUAUGAGUCUGGGAGGGGUUACAAAUCCAUUUCCAAGCAAUUCGAAAUACAUAAUUCUACUGUCCGACAGAUCAUCUACAAAUGGAGAAAAUUCAAGACCAAUGGCAAUCUACGUAGGCCAGGUCGUCCAACCAAAUUCAGCCCAAGAGCUGGGCGAAAGAUGCUCAUAGAAGUCUCUAAGAAGCCCAGAGUAACAUCAAGGGAUCUACAGGCCUCUCUUGCCACAAUCAAUGUUGAAGUGCAUGAGUCAACUGUCAGAAAGAGACUGCAUAAACUUGGCCUACAUGGGAGGUCAGGAAGGAAGAAGCCUCUGCUCUCAAAAAAGAAUAUGACACGACUGACGUUUGCCAGACAACACCUGGGUAAAGACCAAAACUACUGGAACAAUGUGCUCUGGACAGAUGAGUCAAAGGUGUAGUUGUUUGGCCCCAAUGCCAGACGCCAUGUUUGGUGAAAACGAAACACUGCCUUUGAACAGAAAAACCUCAUACCAACCGUAAAGCAUGGAGGCGGUGGCAUUAUGGUUUGGGGCUGCUUUGCUGCCUCAGGACCAACUUGCCAUCAUUGAGUCAACCAUGAAUUCCAUAUUGUACCAGAUAAUUCUUGAGGAGAAUGUGAGGCCAUAUGUCAAAAAGCUGAAGCUGAACCGAACAUGGAUCUUGCAACAGGACAAUGAUCCAAAACACACAAGCAACGCUACAACAGAAUGGCUCAAAAAUAAGAAAUGGAGGGUUAUGGAAUGGCCGAGUCAAAGCCCAGAUCUCAAUCCUGUCGAAAUGCUGUGGGGGGACUUGAAGCGGGCCGUGCAUGCAAGAAAGCCCUCGAACAUGACAGUUGAAGUAGUACUGUAAAGAAGAGUGGGCAAAUUGCAGAAUUGCAUUUCUGUUGUUUUUUUAUUAAUAAAUGAUUGCAAAGUAUAAUCUUUCAGUGUAAUUUGUUAAAUUAGGUUACCUUUAUCUGUCAAAAGUGUUGAAGUGAAGAUUACAUAUCCAUCUGUCCAAAUAUGUACAAAAAAAGACAACUUUCCAGGGAGUGUACUUACUUUUUCACAUGACUGUAUCUCCAUGACAUCACUUUGAGAUCCAAGAUGUAGACUUGUAAUGUGUGUGCAUAAUGUGUGUUUCAGAAAUGAGAAAAAUUGAUAUACUGUGUAGUCGUAUGAAAGAAUAGAGAGAGAGAGAGAGACACCCACUAGUGCAGUUGCUCUAUGUCCUAUUUUAGCUGAACAGAUGAAAUGCCUUCAGUUUGAUUGAAUGUAUUGCAAAUAUUGGGAAUGUUUUGGUGAACUGCCACCUCCAAAAGAAAAAGGGGUUCAAAACCAAAAGUCACAGACGUCAUUCGAUUAUCAUUCCAACUGUACAAAAGGAUAAUUAGUAAGAUAAAUCAUUGGCCUUGUGCUGAAAAUGAAAAGUUAGCUAGUGGCCACAUUAGAGACUAUCAUAACACCACAAGGAACAUGUUGCUUGAAUAUUGGGACUUACAAAUCUACUGUAGUAUGAUCAUACCGCUAGUCUUUUUUUAAAAAUGAAAAUGAAAAUCUCCAAUGACUUUGUGUCUGUAAAUUGUGUAAGCUUCUCUUUUUUUUUGCAGUGUUUUUCUACUCAUGUACAUGAUUCAUGGCUCAUUCAAGUUAGCUGUCAAUACAAUUACUGUCCAACCUGUGGUGUUUUAUUUAUAGAUUUGGGGGUAUUUCAUAUUAAUGUGAAACUUUUAUCUGCUUAAAAAAAAGAAGGAAAUAGAAAACAACACCAUACAACAAAGCAACAGAAUAAAAAGUUCAUAAUA